UAGAAAUCUGAAGGUGUGGGCGGAGAUUCAAUCAUUUGCAGUAAACGAUAGCAGCAGCUACUCUGGGAGACGAACAAUGGCGUCCAACAAGCUUCUGGAGUCAGAUGAUUCUCAGAGGAGAUGGAUUGAGGAGAUGAGCUUCACGUUCGAACCAGAACGCAGUUUCCCCACUGAAUUACUUUCUGUUUACAGAGUUCGCAGUUUCCCCACUCAAUUAUGUUCUGUUUACAGAGUUCCUCGCGCCUUUACUGAAACCACAACAGAAACUGCUUACUCCCCGACAAAAAUUGGGCUCGGCGCCUACCACCAUCUCCGCCCCGACCUCUACAAGAUGCACAAGCAGAAGCUCGCCGCUGUCAGGGAGGGGCUGCCUCCGAAAAAACUCGAACAGAUCGGCAAAGAGGUUGUCUCAAAACUCACCGAAUCGGAGCCGGUGAUUCGAGGCUGUUACGAUCAAUUCAUCGACCUCGACAAAAAUACUCUAGCAUGGAUCUUAGCCAUUGACGGUUUGUUUCUACUUCAGUACCUGAAAGCCGAGCUCGAAGCAACAGAUUAUCAUCAAGGCCAAACUGAGAUGGAAAGCUUGGCAGGGGACUUGUUCAUGCUGGAGAACCAAAUCCCUUCUUUCUUGCUCAACAUGAUCGGGAUUUCUUCACGCCAUUUCCUAGAUGAUUGUCACACCGAUAAGGUUCAUCAAGCUUACAUCGAAUUUCUGCUCAAUGGAGGUUUUCUAGUCCUCUGCCAGAAGUAUUCACCUCUCGAACUGAGCAGCAGUUGGAGAGUGAUCCGAGACACGAACCAAGAGCAUCUCCUCCAUCGAAUGUACCAUUUGAUCAUAUGCAACACGGAAAGCAAUAAUGAGGAGACAGUGUUAUGCAAUGGCGAAAUGCUCGACAACGAUCCGAGCUCGGUUUCCUUGACAACAAAUGAACUUCACCCUCCUUGCUCGAUCGAAGAAAUACAUCAAAAUGCUGAAGCUGCGUACGAGACGCUGUCCCAUGUCUUCCCACCGGCUUCUCAUUUGUCCGUGACAGUGUCCAAUGGACAAUCUGCGACGAGGGACGACGCCCUCGCGCACCUUCUCAAUCAUAUGUAUCGCUCAGUUAACGCUAUUGUUGCUGAAGAAUUGAAACCUGCCGUGUUUGAUCAACUCGACAAGCAUGAUCUCUUACGUUCAAAUAGAAAGCGUAAGACAUUUUCAGCAGCGAAUGUUGUAGAAAAUCUGAUGCCAGUCGAAAAGUUUUUGGGUCAAUUCGGUGUCCCCGGCGCAGGCAUCGCAUGUAGCUUUCUAUCGAUCAUCAGUCAGGUGCCAUGGAACAAGGUUUCGACUCUCUGGGGGCCUAAAGGGGACCGGCCGGAAGUCGAGCAGAUCGAGAUUCCAAAUGUAACCGAGAUGUCGAAAGUUCUUGGCAUAGAGUACGCGAAGACUACCGGAAUCCGGGAUGCGAAAUUCGUUAAUAAAGAGCGAAAGCUCUAUCUCCCGGCCAUCACUCUAAACGCUCAUUCGGAGACAAUUCUCCGGAACCUUCUGGCCUACGAAGCGGCAUCGGCAAAGCCGGGAUCGUCGCUGGAGCUGGCGGAGUACGUCGACUUGAUGUGCGGCAUGAUCAAGACGAAGAAAGACGUCAAACUUUUGAAGGAGGCAGAGAUCGUGGCCGGAGAAUUGUCCGACGCAGAAGUGGUUUGGAUCUUCAAAGGGAUAAGGAAAACUACCGGCGAGGGCGAGCCGAAGUCGAGGAUCGGAGAGGCCAUUGCAGAGAUCAACUGGCUGUAUGGCAAUACAUCGAGAGUUAAGAUUAAACGAAAGAUGCAAGAAUGUGGGCCGAAGGGGAUGAAGUACGUCAAUGUCGUGGUGAUGAUCGUUGUGGUGUUGCUGCUGUCGGCGCAGGUGUUCUGCACCGUCUUCGGCUGCUUGCGGUGGCAGUCCGGCGGCGGCGGCGCCGGUCUGAAGUAUUUCAGUGAAGGUUAGUAAUGGUAAUGGUAUUGGGAAUGGUUGUUUUGUGUGUUAAGGAAUGAAUGCUUAUAGAGGGAAUUUCUACUAGUAGUGUGUUUAAUAUGAGUUCGGAAAGAACUAAGGGUGUGUACGCGAAAUAAAUAAGCUGAUCUGAUAUUUUGAAUCUAAAAUAAAUAUUUAGUA